AUGUUCCUCUUCUGGGCGUUGCCUGUGGUGCUCUAUCUGAUCUACCGCUGGAGUACGUCCACGUACGACUACUUCGAGAAGCGAAACAUCCCUUUCGUGAAACCCGUGCCAUUCUUCGGUCAGGUGUGGUCGUUUUUCUCACAGGAAAAGCACGCCACCGAUGUCGCCUCUGAGGGUUAUUACUUGUUCCCAAACACGCGCAUCUCGGGUGCUUUCAUCUUAAGGACUCCGGCGUAUCUGGUCCACGAUCCUGUCCUGUACAAGCAGAUGGCCAUCAAAGAUUUCGAUCACUUCACCGACCACGUCUCGGAGAUAACGAUCGAGAACGAUCCUCUGCUAGCACGAUCGCUUUUCUUCACCAACGGAGCAACCUGGCAUCAUCACCGGUCUGGGCUGAGUCCAGCAUUCACCGGUAGUAAGAUGAAGAAUAUGUUCGGACUACUCUCCAAGAGUGCAGGUGAUGCCAUGCAGCGCUUGGUGCUGUAUGCUCGCCGAAAGCCUUUCACGAUGGAACUGCGUGAUUUGUACUCACGAUUAGGCAAUGAUGCGAUGACGUCGAUUUCGUUUGGAGUCGAGGUGGACUCGCUGACAGAUCGUGACAACGAAUUCUUCCAUAAAGGCAAGCGACUGGCGAAGGUGGACGGACUUACGGGGCUUAAACUGCUGAUGUCGACCAUUCUGCCGGGCAUGCUUAGGUUAUUUCGGCUAGGCAUCUUGUACAAGGAUGUGAACGAGUUCUAUCUGGAAGCGGUGUCGACGAACAUUCGCCACCGCGAGCAGCACAAUAUCAACAGGCCGGACUUCAUUCAUCUCCUGUUACAGGCACGCAAGAACGAGCUGAACUCCGAGCUCGAGGUCGAGGAUGAUGCGCUUCAAAGUGCAGGGUUUUCCACUGCUAAAACGCACACUUUCGCGCAGAAAAAUGGACUCGAAAAGAGGUUGGAAUGGCAAGAUAUCGACAUCACGGCAGCUGCAGCUUCGUUCUUCUUUGGAGGUAUCGAAACUACGACCACGUUGCUCUGUUUCGCUAGCUACGAGUUGGCUGUUAAUCCCGGGAUUCAAGCCCGUCUAAGAGCCGAGAUCGACAAUGUACGCGAUGAGCUAAUAGAUGGCAUUACACCGACCUAUGAGGUCCUGCAGAAAAUGAAAUACAUGGACAUGGUUGUGUCAGAAACGUUGCGGCGUUGGGCGCCAUUUGGUCUCACAAAUCGCCGGUGCACCAAAGAUUACACCUUCACUAAUACCGACGGCACUCGGAUCACCAUCGAGCGAGGGAUGAACAUUUCAAUCCCCCUGAAGUCCUUCCAUCUGGACGAAAAGUUCUUCCCCGAUCCUCUGCAGUUCGAUCCAGAUCGUUUCACGGACUCCAGCAAAAUAAACUCGGACGCGUUUGUGCCAUUUGGAACAGGCCUACGGAACUGUAUUGGAUCCCGAUUGGCGUUGAUGCAAGCCAAAUGCUUUCUGUUCUACAUGCUGUCCAAUUUCCGAUUCGAGCCAGGCUCGAAACUGACCAUCCCUAUCGAGCUCGACGAAACAUCAGCCGGUCUAAACGCCAAAUACGGUUUCUGGAUGAAUUUAGUCCCGCUCAACAUUUAGGCGAGCCCUCACUGUGAGUGAUUAGAUAAGAAUUGUGCGUUUCGUAGAAGUAGUAUCGAUGUGAUACGUGAUGUUGUGAGAACAACCAUGCCUUGACUGAUGCGUUUCAGUCUGGUACAAUUGUAAAAGUGCUCCACUAAAUUGAAAAUCCAGAUGUAAUAAUGUUCCUCUAGAAUACGAUAUUGUAGAAUAAUAAUUAAGUUAGUUUCGUGUCAUGAAGAAAAUAAAAAGA